CCGACCUGACUGCCGUCCAGAAGGCCAUCAGUGACACCUUCAAGCAAGAAGCUGUGAUACAGGAAGAUGUUUCUGAACGAAUGGGCUGUUCCCAGAGUGCUGCAUCAAAUUAACUCAGUGGGAAGAAAAACGCUGCACAACGACAAGAGGUGACCCGACCCUGAGCAAGAUUGUGGAGAAGCGCCAAUUCCAGACCUUGGAGGACCUGCAGAAGCAGUGGACUGAGUCUGGAGUAGAAACAUCCAGAGCCACCGUGUACAGAUCAUCCACAGCCUCGGCUCUCAUCUGGCUCCAGGAUCUGGACUGACUGACGUCCAGCAUGGAGCCAAAUGGCCGCCUAUCCUCAACCAAGAUGGCCGACGCAGUGACGUCAUGACGUCGGAGUUCCACUCGUACAACUGCCAGUGCGCAGACUCGUGUUUCUCCGGAAGAAUGGCGGCAGCGGGCUCGUCGUCGUUCGUGUUUUGUUGGGUUUUUGUCCACGGAGCAGCAGCGGGAGAGUUAAUAAAGCUGGAAGAUAGAAAGAGCAGCAGUUGGUGAACUGUGGAAAGAAGAGAAACGGCUUGAAGCUCAGCUGGAACUGCUCAGGAAGUGUUAAAGGAAAGUUUGGAGAGAGAAAAGCUAGCAGAGAUGUGGAGACAGCAGGUCAAGCAGCGACUGGAUGCAGCAGAGGAGCAGAGACACCACAUCCUGGAUGCUGCUUUCAGCCCCCAACAUCUGCUGCACACAUCAGAUGUUCAGCAGAUGCUGAAGGUUAAAGAGGCUCCUGAAGAACAGAGACCUGGUGAGGACCAGCUGGACCCAGAGACCCUCCCCAUAAAGGAGGAGCAGGAAGAAAUCUGGAUCAGUCAGGAGGUUGGGCCGCUCAGUGUGAAGGAGGAGGCUGAUUCAAACAAAUGUCCCCUAGCUACUGCUCCUGUGAAGAGUGAAGAUGAUGAAGAGAAACCUCUGUUCUCGCAGCUUCAUCAAAUGGAAGACGGAGGUCUUCCCACCAGCAGCUCAGCCGACCAGAUGAAAGCAGAACCUGAUGAGGAGGACCUCAGAGGAGGAGAAUUCAGCAGGAAGCCAGAUGAUCUAAAUGCCACCAACUCUUCAGAGACUGAAGACAGUGAGGAUGAAGCUGAUUUAAGGCGUCCUGACUGUGGAUCUGAAACUGAAGACAGUGAGGAUGACUGGAAGGACAGCAGGAAUCCUGAGUCUCAGGGUAGAACCGGCGUCAGCAGAUCUCUGAGCUGCUCUGGCUGUGGCCAACUCUUCGAUAACCAGCUCUCUCUUCAGUGUCACAUGACAGAUCAUUCAACAAUUUGCUCUUCAGUCAAUGAAACAUGUUUUAAUGUGAAGAAAUAUGUGGAUGCAUCAGAGAAAGCCCAGAAGGGUGUGAAAUGUUUUAGCUGUGAUGAAUGUGGGAAACGUUUUGACAGGAAAAAUCAUCUGAACAAACACCUGAGAGUUCACACUGGAGAGAAACCAUUUGGCUGUGAUCUCUGUGGCCAACACUUUAGUAUAAAAUCAACUUUAAACAGUCACAUAAGGAUCCACACUGGGGAGAAACCAUUUGGCUGUGAUGUUUGUGGGCAUAGAUUUAGCAUCAAGUCAUCUUUGAAAAAACACAUUAGGAUCCACACAGGAGAAAAGCCAUUUGCUUGUGACGUCUGUGGACACAGAUUUAGCGUAAAGUCUGCUUUAAAUAUGCACAACAAAACGCACACGGGGGAGAAACCUUUUAGUUGUGAUGUCUGUGGACAAAGAUUUAGCCGAAAGGCAACAUUGAAUUUGCACCUACGAAACCACGCUGGCCAGAAACCGUUUGUUUGUGAUGUUUGUGGAAAAGGCUUUAAUGAUAACUCAAGUUUGAAAAAACACAUCCGGAUUCACACAGGAGAGAAACCCUUUGGCUGUGACAUCUGUGGAAAAAACUUUAAUGAUAAGUCAACUUUAAAAAAACACAUGAAAAUUCACAUUGGUUGUAAUAUUUGUGGAAAAACAUUUAACCAGAGGGCGAGUUUAAACAUACACAUGAGGAUCCACACAGAAGAGAAACAUAUGGUUAUGAUAUUUGCACCGAUAACCAGUGCUUUAACUUGUUAAACCAAUCUGUACUGGCAGAGGUACGCCUAUUUUAUCACGCUUUAAAAGUAGGUCUGAGACGGUCUUGUGUUUUUCUUUCCUAAAUACAUCAAAGGAGGAGGCUUUAAUAUUUAUAAAACAAGUCCCCAAUUUUUUUCACAAAUACUUUUGGUUUUACAGCAUUUUAAACACACAAAAUGCCUUUUAACUUUCUUUCAAAUAUUGCUGAGUCUCAGAAAAUUCAAGGUACUCUUUAAUGCCUUAGUGUCACACAAAUACUAAAAUUUACAUGUACUCGUCAUACUUUGGAGCUUCUCUUAAUUUGUAUCAGACGUGUAAUUUCAGGCAGAAAUUGCUCCUAAAACCCUUUGGGCUUUAAGGGUUAAGUGGACCGGUAGGCGGUACCAGCACUUCUAAAUUUUACCAUUCAGCUUAACUAGACUUUGAGCUGCAUCUCCACAGUUUACUGCUUGUAGUCAAUUUGUUGAUUUAAAAAAAAAUCACCUGACCUGAAACCCAUUGUCUUGGUGCACAACACUUACCGUACAUUCAGUGGUAUGGGGUAAAAUAAGUGUCAAUAAACGUUUGCGUAGGUGUCUGAACUUGUAAAUGUAAGUCAAUAGAUGUGAAUAAUUUUAAGAUUUGUAUUUGUUCCUUGUCAACUAAUAUAUGUGACAUCAGGUGUUUUGUCUGAGAAUACUGGAUCAGAAGUUACGAAUACAAGUUAUAACUUUGCAACAAUACAUACAAGUACAAAUGAGAAAUUUACAAAUCACAAAUUUAGGAGUAUGAAUCUACAACCCCUGAAGAAGCUGUUGGACAGCUUCCAGUUGGUGGCGGUAAACAUUUUAUUACCGCAGCCAUCCGGUAAGCAGUGUAACAGUUUCAGCAGGGGUUGUAGAUUCGUACUCGGAAAUUUGUGAUUCGUACUUGUAUUGUUGUAACUGUUAUUCGUAACUUCUAAACCUGUAUUCAACAUCUGAUGUCACAUGUAUGAGUUGACGAAGAGGAACAAAUCUUAAAUUCAUUCACGUUUAUUGACUUACAUUUACAAAUUCAGACCCCCAGGCAUACGUUUUUAUUGACGGUUAUCUUACCCCGUACAGUGGAUGCAGGCGCUUCGUAUGAGCGAGGGAAAGCGGAGGGAAAUGGUCACGGCUGUGAUGUUUACCUGGCUCUGGGAGCAGAGCUGAAUGAUGACUGAUAAAACUGUCCGUCACUAGAACACGGAGGUCAGACUCAGCUGGCAUUAGAGCGUCCAACAGGAAACCUGCUGCUGCACAAACGCCUCGGUGAGAUCAGGGGCGGUGCUAGCCAUUUGGUGGCCCUGAACACCAAUGAGCUGGGUGGUGCCCCCCGUGUGGAAAUGAACUGUAAUACAUAGGUCUGGACAAUGAUUUAAUAACAAUAUAUAUAGAUAGAUUGACGUGUGGUUCAAUAGAGAAAAAAGGGUCAAUAAAAAGUUCAACAGAACAGUUUUCCUUCCUAUUGCAUUCUAGCCAUGUAGAUUAACUAAUUUUGUAAGACCUGUCGAUAUAUUUUCACACAAGAUAACUGUUUUACUCACCAAGGAGGAAAAUUAAUAAUACAUUUUAAGUGGGAUUAAAAGAAAACAAAAGUACAAUAAAUAAAAUGUAACAAUGGGCAGUGUAAUACAUUUAUAUACGAACUCAUCCUAUAAAAUAAUCCUGUUUGUUUGAUGAAAACACCUAAAAACAUCACAAAUGUCUUGACUUUCCAGAGGAAACUGAACAACGUGAUCAUGACAGGUUUUGUUUUCCUGGGGAAGGUUCAUUAGGAGGAGCUCAUUAAAUCAAAGAUUGCAGAUUAUUUGCAGAUUAUUUUAGAUUAACAGACUUUAAGGCUUCAGUAACGCCCAGAUUCCACGUCCUCUGUGCUCGCUCCGCUGCGUUCACGUCUGACCGGCGCAGAGAAAGCCUGCCUCCCGGGCUUUUCCCCGCUAAACUGUGAUAAUUCAGGCAGGUUAUAUUUAAUGCUUAAUAUUAGGCUAAAUUCAGACUUUAAUUUAUUCCUCAGAUUAGUGCGAAGCUGCUAAUGGGAUAGUUUUAUUUAACUUUAAGGUCUUACUGCAGAGUAGAUUUGGAAAUAAUUAUUCCGGUCAUAUUUUUCCCUGAUGCUGAUGCUGGACUAAAACAGGUGAGGUGAAUAUUUAGUUUUUAAUUAAAAUGUUGGAGAUCAUAAACAAUAAUCAUGACUAGUUGACUGAAAAAAUAAUUAGGACUAUUCCACUAAUAAAAUAAUGGUUAGUUGAAGCCUUAAUAUUUAUUCAUGAAUUGUAGUUUUACAGAAACGCUUUGAGCUUCUGUCAGAGUUUUAAUGUUUUAGCUGUGAACAAUAUUCAGUGAUCUCUUUCAGAUCUUUUCCAAAACAUGAGUUUUAUCCUAAAAUUCAUGUUAAGUUCAGUCGGGUCAGUCUCUGCAGAGUGUUUAGCGGUUCUUCCUGUGGUUCUCCUGCUGGGAGCCGAGCUUCUGGUCCGUCCUCAGCAGUUUGUUCCCUGAUAAUCUGCAGCUUCCUCCAAUAUCUCAGGUUCUGUUCAGAAGGUUUUUUAUUUAUUUCCCUCUUUAUGAAGUUCUCAAAACUUGUCUCAGUGGCCUGUCCAAUGUUCUCCUGUUCCCAUGUGAAAACCCUACUUCCUGUCUGGUCCAACAGAACACGGCUUGGUUCUGUAAGAACCUCGUCAAAGCGUGGAAACUUCGUCUGCCAUCCAGGCGCUGCAGCGGUCUCCAUCUCAAAGCGCUGAGCUUUCUGCGAGCUUCAGGAGAACCGGCCGGACCUGAGCUCCAUCUGCUGAGGCGUGAUGGAGGUUCUAAGGCCCGACGGCAGCUUUGGAGCAAAGCCAUCCAGAGGCCGACUCAAAGGACGGUUCUGCUGAGGUUCUGGCAUCAUGUUGCCAGAUGAUGUGGGACAUUUAUUACUGAUCAACGUCACCAGAUGCAUCUGGACCGGUGGAACCUCACAGGGCUGAGGAACCUCUGGAAGCUCCAGGAGAUCGGUUCAGUUUGCCGUCAGAAUCUAUUCCUGAUUAAUUUAAUCUGAUUCAAAGCCUUGGGCGACCCGUCCUCCUCUGUGACGGGCGCUGUGCGAAGAACUGGAUUAACGGCUUUGUACCCUGCCAGGGGGUUAAAAUGUUAUUCCUUCUUUCUUUUUGUCUUUGUACUGAAAUGUGCUACACAAAUAAAUGUGUACUUAACAUAAACAUGA